GGUUCUCUCCGGGGGGGAUCGUGUGACGUCACCUGUCAACGGCAUCAAUGAGCCGAACAGCUCCACUCACAGGGCACCAGUGCAAGACGGGAAUAACAAGUCCAGUCCAACGUCCUCUGGUGCGUUGGCGCAUUAGCAAUCCGUCUCCAAUUCGUUGGUGCUUGGUCCGGUCCUCGGCGCGAGAUUGACGGUAAGACGGAAACAAAUGCCGUCUGCCUCGCCCUCUCCAGUCCCCGAGUUGAGGCGAGAAGAUACAAACAUGGUGCACCGCCCCUGGUGCGCAAAGAUUUCUUUCCUCUUCACAGUUUGUUGCCACUGUAUUUUAUACAUUGAUUCAUAAUAAAAAGUAAUUGGACUUGCACGGCCCCGAGAUUGCAACGUAAAGACCACAGACUCCCAUGGCAGCAGCGCGAAGGAACAGACACCCUUCCGCGCCAACUUCACGUCACCAUGCCCGCCGCGGACGACAAGGACCACCAAGAGGGUCACGAUGACUCCUCUUCGCUGCGGCGACCGACGUCCCGCGGGCGGCAGAUCGGCAGCGGGCACCACGAAGACGACAUUGAGCGCCUCGAAGACCUGGCAAGCACCACGACGACGAGCGACGACCAACUCGACGAUGCCGGGUCGAUCCUCACCACCGAGGAGAAGCGGCAGGAGUUUGACGGCCACCGCCCGACGCAGCACGAGAUGCGCGCCGGGUCGCUGUCGCGCUCGCGGAGCAGACAUAGCCGCGGGCGGUCACACUCGGCGGCAACCACCUCGGGCAACAACAACGCCACGGGAGCGGCGGCGCCGGCGCUCAGCAACGGCAGCGCGAUGAUGGGCGGUGGUGGUCCGCCGCUCGCUCGCACAGUCACCCGCCGUGACACGGUCCUCUCGCGCAUCCGCUCGCGCAACGCCGUGCCGCAGUUCACGCACCCCCUCGCGCACGUCGCCACCUCCGAGGCCGAGAUCGUCGACUUCGACGGCAAGGACGACCCGUACCACCCGCUCAACUGGCCGACGCGCAAGAAGGUGACGACGACGCUGCUGUACGGGCUCGUCACCAUGACGGCGACGUGGGCGUCGUCGUCGUACUCGGCCGGCACGCCGCAGAUUGCGCGCGAGUUCGGCGUCGGCACGCAGGUCGCGACGCUCGGCACGACGCUCUUCCUCUUCGGCUUCGGCGUGGGACCCUUGCUGUGGGCGCCCCUGAGCGAGGUGUUUGGUCGUCGCAUGGCCGUCAUGACGCCCAUGUUUGUGGCCUUGUGCUUUAGCUUUGCGAGCGCCACGGCAAAGGACUUGCAGACGCUGAUGCUGACGAGGUUCUUUGGUGCCUUCUUUGCGAGUGCGCCGGUGACCAACACGGGUGGCGUGCUGGGUGACUUGUUCUCCCCGGCGUGGAGGGGCAUCGCCAUGGCGGGCUAUGCGAUGGCUGUCGUCGGCGGACCGGCGCUUGGCCCCAUCGUGUCCGCGGCCGUCGCCCAAGAGCCCUCCCUCGGCUGGCGCUGGACCGAGUACCUCACCGGCAUCCUGCAGGCCGCCGUCCUCGUCGUGGCCGUCAUCUUCAUCGACGAGAGCUACCCGCCGAAGCUGCUCGUCUACAAGGCGCGGCGCCUGCGGCACGAGAGCGGCAACUGGGCGCUGCACGCGCGCUUCGAGGAGUGGGACGUCAGCGUCGGCGAGCUGGCGCGCAAGUUCCUCGUCCGCCCGGUGCAGCUGCUCCUCACGCCCAUCUGCUUCCUCGUCGCCCUCUACGCCAGCUUCUGCUACGGCAUCCUGUACAUGCAGCUGGGCGCCAUCCCCAUCAUCUUCGGCGAGCAGCGCGGCUGGGGCCAGCUCGUGUCCACGCUGCCUUUCCUGUGCAUUAUGAUAGGCGCCUCCAUCGGCUGCAGCCUCAACGUCUACAACCAGACGCUCUACAACAAGUCGUACCACGCCGCCGGGGACCGCGCCGUGCCCGAGAAGCGCCUUCCCCCAAUGAUGCUCGGCUCCGUGCUCUUCAGCGCGAGCCAGUUCCUCGUCGGCUGGACGGCCGACCCUUCUAUCCACUGGAUCGUCCCCUGCAUCGGGCUCGUCAUGCUCGGCGCCGGCUUCUUCACCAUAUUCCAAGCCGCUCUCAACUACCUCGUCGACACCUUCCAGGCCUACGCCGCCUCGGCUGUCGCGGCCAACACGUUUCUCAGGUCCUGCUUUGCGGGCGCCUUCCCCCUCGUUGUCGGCCCUCUGUUCCACAACAUCGGCGUCGGACCAGGUUCGAGCAUCACGGGGGGCUUCGCAGCCCUGCUUAUACCCGUGCCUUUUGUGUUUUAUGUAUACGGAAAGAGGAUUCGUGCGAGUAGCAAGUGGUCCAAGGCAAGCGUGUUUGAUUAGCGUUAAGUGCAUAGUGGCAUUUGUAUCAGCGAGUGGCAUGUCCCUGGGUUGGGCACUGUUAUUAUUGACAAUAUACGUUUAAUACACUUCUGAGUAUACGUUUGGCG